CAGCAUCCGUUCUUGACUUGAAUCCCUACCAUUUUAUUAUUUUUACCUAUCAAACAAAACAAUCAUGUCUCAACUCCUCCUCCUUCUGCUUCUCUCCGAGGUAACCGCCCCCACUUUUUUCUAAUGCAGAAUAUUUCCCUCUCUCUCUUUCCCUCUUUAUCUUCCUCUUUCAGAUUCACCCUCGUUUUCCCUCUUUCGCAUAAAUAAAUAAAUAAAUAUAAACACCAUGAGCGUUCCUCCGCCGUCUACGGCGGCGAUGUGGACGCCGUUCACGGCAGCGCAGUGGCACGAGCUGGAGCACCAGGCCCUCAUCUUCAAGUACCUCAAGGCGGGUCUCUCGGUUCCCCCUGACCUCCUUCUCCCCAUUCGCAAGAGCCUCCAAUUGAUAUCGUCUCACCCAUCGAUGGGGUAUUAUGGGAAGAAGAUAGACCCUGAACCGGGUCGGUGCAGGAGAACCGAUGGGAAAAAGUGGAGGUGUUCGAGGGAUGCACACCCUGACUCCAAGUACUGCGACCGCCAUAUGAUACGACGUCGUUACCGUUCAAGAAAGCCUGUGGAAUCAUCUCAAACUCACUCUUCUUCUUCUGCUUCUGCUGCUUCUUCAAAUUCAAACCCUGUUGCUGGUGGUGGUUCUGUUGCUAAUGUUUCUGCAACUGCUGCAAAAAACCUUCACACACUUCCCUUGCACAUCAAUGGCGCAAGGGAAGGUUUCACUUUCACCCUUGGGAACAACACCAGCACCAACACCAACACCAACACCAACACCCUCCCUCACCUUCACAUGAACCCCCUCACUCUUUCAGCUGACAAUACCAAGAAAACUUACAGGUUUGGACUGAACUCAGAAGCAGAUGAGCACAACGUCUUACAGAAAGAUCUGGGAAGUGUGAGGUAUCAAGGUUAUGACUUUACCUCAGAUGCCAUGUGGUCUCAAAUGUCUCACAUUCCAUCAAAUACUGUUUCGGAAUCGAGAAUCGGUUCUACUAUGCUGGGCAACUGCUUCCAACAUCAAACAAUGCGAGAUGCUGAGCUGUUGAAUCUGGAAACGGCGAGGACCAAAGACCUUGUCUUUAGUGGCCAGCUAAGUUCUGCAGGGGGUAUGAAACAGGAAUAUCAGUCUCCCCAGUCUCUCUUCAGUGACUGGGACUGGAAGAAGGAUUUAAGUUCCUCUGCCCUUGAGUAUAGGCCCAACAAGGAUUUUAACUGCAACCCAGAUGUCAAUGUUGAUUAAAAUGGUUCUUUAUAAGGCUUGGAAAGAGUGUUUUUGUUUCGUGUCGUGAUAUGUCAGCAUCCAUCCGAAGUCCAUUUUAAUCAGGAACUGGUUCCCUACCCUUUUGUUUUUUCCCAAACCAAUGAAAAUACAAGUCCUCAGGCAGUGAUGAUUUUUCAUCCAUAGCUUUCAGAGACCCGAGGGAGUCAUGGUUUAAUUUCGUGUUGUUCUUUUAUAUAAACUUAAAAUACUUGAAGGAGUUAUGCUUUCUUUAAAUGUAAACCUGUAAUAGUAUUUGACUGUUUUUGUUGUUCUUCGUUGUAAUGUCAUGUAGUUUGACUCUUGUCUCCUAUGGUUGUAGUCCCUUGAUUGUUAGACAGAUUGUGCUAUUUUCAGGCAGCAAGCAAGGUCACAAGUAUGUUUAAUUAUUGUAUGAAUGAUUGUGAUUGAGAAUGACCAACAUUCUUUAACAUGGCA